GAAUCAAUUGCCUACGCAUGCAUUUCUUGAAACCAUUUAGAACAUAGUGAAGGCGGUGGCCCACAUAAUAAAAUUUGGGCCUAAUUUCGUUGAAUCAAUUUAGCUCAAUUGGGAAUUCUUCUGUUAAGGUUGAGCAAAGGCGAAAAGGGUUGUGGAGGAGCUAGAACAAGAUGUCGAUGCUGCCAGACGAUUUGUGGAGAAGCAUUAUGCAGAUUGGUGUUGAAACCAAAACUCUUGAUUACAAGAGUUUGUGCUGCCUCUCCAUCACCUGCCGCCGAUUUCGCCGACUCGCCUUUGAAGAUUCUCUCUGGUCGCCUCUUCUUCUCUCCGAUUUCCCUUCCACCACCAAUAAUUCCAUUUCCAGGGGCAAGGCCAAGAACCUCUACCAAAUUAGGUAUGAGAAGGAGAGAGAUAAAAAGCGGCUAGCACACAGAAGAGCUGUUCUUAGAAUCGAGAGCGAAAUAGCUGUGCAUUUGAGGAAAAUUCGGGAGAUAAAGCUCCGGUCUUUGGAGGAGAAGAGGAAGAUGAAUGAGGCAGUUGGUGAGCUUCUCAAUCUGCAUAGGAUAAGGGGAGCUUCUGUUGCACUAAAUGUUUGGCAGCCAGAAAUGAUUCGUAGCAGACAAAGGGAGAUGGUUCAGCAGACCAAUGUGCCUGUUCAUGUUCGGAUCAAUGCUCUUGAGAUGGAGGUUAGCCUUUGCAAGCAACAAAUUGCAGCAUUUGAUCGUGCCAUUCAAUUCCAGAAAAAAAAGCGUCGUGCAGCUGAAGAAGAGCUGGAUUCUGUGAAAUACCAUCCACUCCAAAAUCUUCAGAACACUAGUGGUCAUUCAAGUGGAUGCCGAGUUAGAAGUAAAAGAUUGAAAGGUACCUCAGACUGAUUAAAAUAUAGCAUUUCUUUCGAAUUCCGGUUAUUAAGGGAAGUCUCAGGUCAGGUUCUGUCCGGAUAUGGUUUUGAGAACAUGUUUGAAGGGUAGGCUGUUAUUAAGGGAAGUCGAAGGAAACAAGUUAUUGUAUUUUAUUAGUAGAGCUCUUAACUACGAGAAAUGUGUAAUAUUGAAAUUACUAAAUCUUUUAAUGAACUUUUAGUUGGUAAAAUACAUUUCACCUCCUUAACCAAUAGCUCAGAGAUUUGAAUGAUUGAGUUGGGGUGUCUCAAUUCCAGCUGCAGCUUAUAUGAUCUGGCCCGUUUGAAACUACUCCAUAUAUAUUCUGGUAAUCCUCACAAUAUAAAAAGAAAAAAACCCAUUAAACAGACUGGAUUGUAGCCAAAAGAAAGCAAGUGUAGGUAGAGCCGUAGAGCAGAAAGCGAUUGGUGAAGUUCUCAUUGAUGUCUGUCUAUAUAUGACGAAGUGGAAUAAAGUUAAAAUGUGGUUCCAGGUUACUCAAAUCUAAAAAUGUGGAAUGGGUCAGAUCUAGGAACAUUGAAAUACACGGCCAAGUUAUUGUUAGACCCACAUUUGUACAAACCCAAAUUUCGUAAUCUACAUUAUUGAGUUUGUUCUUUCCAACUUUUAAAUCGACAUGUAAUUUUACAACCUUGAUGUUAGCUAUUUGCAUAAUAUUUAUUCUUUAGUGUAUUUGAUACAUAGAAGCCUUGUUGUAUCGGUUUAUAGUUUGAUACAUAAAAAUUAUAGUACAUAUUUUAACUUCACUUCAUUGUUAUAGCAUUUCUUAGUUUAAGUAUCUUACCUAGAACUUGAGAUACUUGGACUUGAUUUUUGGCAUUUAGGUGUGGUGUGGUUCCUUGUGUUGUGAUACUAUUGAUGUUCCCAAAUUUUUGGAACAAAAGUUAGAAACAUUAUUAUUUUCAUCAUGGGUCGUUGCAGAAUCUAAUAUCUAAGAAAACCUAAGCCCUAAUUUGUGAUUGAGAAAAACUUCUGUGGGGCAUGCUUACAUUGUGGGCGUCAAUGUUUGUAAGUCGUCCGAUAUAUCGCGAUAUAUCGCCUGUAUCGGUAGGCCAAGGGUCGAUACACACCCAGAUGCGACUUAGGCGACUAACAUUCGAGUCGUCCGAUAUAUUGCGCGACUCGACCGAUUAGUCGCCUGAUCGAGUCGAGGACGACUUAAUGGGCUUCACUCCAGAUUGGGCCAGGCGGACAGGUAGGUGUCUAUUCAGCCCAUUAGGGUUUCUUUAUACAUCCCCCACACCCCCUCCCCACGUCCUCCUCCUCCAGAACUGCAGCCGCCGCCGACGCUCCCUCCACCUCCAGAAACUGAAGAACGCCGCCGCCUCUCCUGGACACGCCUCCGGCCUGCCUCAUCCGCCGCCUCUCCUCAUUCAGGAUGAACUCUAGUUCCGGAGAUGAACAGCAUUGAUCCAUCCCAGAAGCUCUCCACCACCUUGCCAGAUUGGAGGCAAGUUAAAGCCGGCGACCCGCCAGCUCACAAAUCUCAAUCCAGAACAGACCACCAUCUCGCCAGUGUAGUGUGCAAUUCCCGAACAUGAUCGGCGAGUCGCCAAGAGUGUAAAAUGUCAGCAGAUUCUGGGACAGUUUUGGAAGCAGUUUCCCACCAGAAAGUAGAGGAAAACGGGAGAGAGAAGUUGGGACAACAGUUUUGGAGUUGGUUUUUGAUAGAAGUUGACGGCUGGUGGGCUUUAAAGGGGGAGGAAAAGAAAAUAAAAAAGAGGAAGAGGAGGGUUUUGGGAGACAGAAUAUCAGAGUAAGAAAGAAGGAAGAGGAGGGAGGGAGGGAGGAAGGAGAAGUGAUCAACAAUCCAAACUCCAUCAUGCCGGAGAUCAUCCAUCCAUCAUCUAGAGUUGGAGAACACCAUGGAGUUCACGGUUCACGGUUCUUUGUAAUUCAUUUUAGUAUGUGUGGCUAGGUCUUCAAUGUUGCUCCUAAUUUGUGAAAGAGAAUUAUUUAGCAUUAAUAUAUGAUCUUUAUCUAUA